GACAUGAUAGUGUAGCCGGCGGAACAGAAAAACGCAUGCAAAGGGAGUUUUUGGUCCGGGGCCAGCUGUGAAGGGCACCGUGGUUUCUGUGUGAUGGUGCGCUUCUCUCUCCAAAGGUGGAUUCGGUGACUUCAUUUCAAGAGAAACCAAGGAAAAAGAGAGGGAAGCUGCUCACCUGAAGAAGAAUCGUCUUAAUGGAUCAUCUGUGCUGCUCAUUUGGAGACCUGAUAGGUUUCUUUCUCACCACGCGUCUCUCUCUGACAGAAGUGACAUUUCCCACAGCAGCAGCAUCACAUUCUCUGCACACAUCGUGCUACUUUCACAAGUGACUCAGGGGAUAGUGAAGAAACAUUGUUUUUUAAAGUGACAAGAAGACAUUUAACGUCCCACAUGAACAUUAUGUGAAAAAUACAGGAUUGGAAAUGCGUCGCAAAUGCUUCGGUCUGCUUGAGGUGUGUGCCAUCAUGAGCCUGCUGCCUUCAGGCUCUUUGGAGAAUCUGACAUGUGAAGCCCUGCUCAUGCUGUCCAGAAAUGUCUCAUUACAGUCGCUGGCCACCUCCUGGAACCAGACCCUGAGCAACGCCACAAGCCAGUGGAGCGGCCCGGGGCCCUCCUGUGACACCUCCAUCGAUGGCAUCGGCACCUGCUGGCCCCGAAGCAGCGCGGGCCAGAUGGUGUCACGACCCUGUCCCGAGUGGUUCUACGGUGUCAGAUACAACACCACCAAUAACGUCUACAAGAAAUGUCUUGCAAACGGGACAUGGGCGCUGAAGGGGAACUACUCCAUGUGUAAGGCCAUACUUCACGAGGAGAAAAAAGGCAAGAUGCACUACCAGAUAGCUGUGAUCAUCAACUUCCUGGGUCACUGCAUCUCCAUGGUGGCUCUGCUGGUAGCCUUCUUCCUCUUCUUGGGUCUGAGGAGCAUCCGCUGCCUGAGAAACAUCAUCCACUGGAACCUCAUCACCGCCUUCAUCCUGAGGAACGCCACAUGGUUUAUCGUCCAAAUGACCAUGAGUCCCGCAGUGCACGAAAGUAACGUGAUUUGGUGCCGCCUCGUCACAGCCUCCUUCAACUAUUUCCACUCCACCAACUUCUUCUGGAUGUUUGGCGAAGGCUGCUACCUCCACACCGCCAUCGUCCUCACCUACUCCACCGACAAGCUGCGCAAGUGGAUGUUCAUCUGCAUCGGCUGGUGUAUACCCUUCCCUAUAAUUGUGGCAUGGGCGAUUGGGAAGCUGUACUACGACAAUGAAAAGUGCUGGUUUGGAAAGCGAGCUGGCGUUUACACAGACUACAUCUACCAAGGUCCCAUGAUCCUUGUCUUAGUGAUCAACUUCAUCUUCCUCUUCAACAUCGUGAGAAUCCUGAUGACCAAACUGCGGGCCUCCACCACGUCAGAGACAAUCCAAUACAGGAAAGCUGUGAAGGCUACACUGGUACUUCUUCCUCUCCUGGGACUCACCUAUAUGCUGUUCUUUGUCAACCCGGGGGAAGAUGAGAUCUCUCAAAUUGUCUUUAUAUAUUUCAACUCUUUUUUGGAGUCCUUCCAGGGCUUCUUUGUGUCUGUGUUUUACUGCUUCCUAAACAGCGAGGUGCGGUCGGCUGUGAGAAAGCGGUUCCACCGGUGGCAGGAGCAGCACUCCAUCCGGGCCCGGAUGACCCAGGCCAUGUCCAUCCCCACCUCCCCUUCACGGGUCAGCUUUCACAGCAUUAAGCAGUCCUCGUCACUAUGAGACAGAAGGCCGGCGCCGACCUGGAUACAGUUUUUUGAGCUGUCGUCAUCAUUUUCUGCCAGAUCACUGGAGUACACUGAACCACUUUGUGAGCUGGGGCAGGGCCACAGAGAGGGACUGCAUCAGUCUCCUAAACCUCCGGAGGGACAUUACACAGACGUAAAAAUGGAUGAGGACGGAGAAAAAGGACACUGCAGACUUUAGAAAAGCAAGAGGUUAGUGGAUCAAGUGAUGCACGUGACCAAGCUGGGUGACUUUGAAUCAGGGUGUGAAUGUACAGCACUCCAUAUUCGUUAAUGUUUGCCUGCCAUAGAAAGUCUCUGUUGUAUUCCUGCUUGCAUACUUUAAUUUAUUUGUUUCGCUAUCUGUGAAAACUCAGAGCUUUGGCCGCUUGGACUGCACUGAACUGGAUUCCACGCCUGCGGACACUGGACUUAAACUAAGUUAUUCAAAUGAAUUUAUUUUGUAUUCUGUUGUCACAAACAAUUGUCUGGUCAUGGUGUUUGUUAAUUCUGUUCAGUGCAGUCAUGCUACUUUUAUAAUUUGUCCAGAACGUUGAACGCAUUCCAUCAUUUUAUACCUGAAGAGUUUUGUUCUAAAAUAAUACAUCGACUAUGAAGAAAAAUCAGAGGCAGGAAGUAAUUAGCCUAGCUUAGCAUAAAGACUGGAAGCAGGGGGAAUAGUUAGCCUGUCUUACUCUAAUGUACAAAAAUCAUAGAUUCUUGACUGAGUACAAUUACUCAAGUACUGUAUUUCAGGUACUUUUU